AUGCACACCGUCUUUCGAAUCGGUGAAAUUCGAAAAAUUGAUAAGAAAAGUCCACUUUAUGAAGUGGAACUCAAACUUACGUCGGAUGAUGACCAACAACUUCGUCAAUUAACCGACCGCGUACGAGAAGAAUCUUCGGGUAGCACUGGAUGGUAUCGAAUGGGUAAAUUGCUGCUCAAAAUUGGUCAAUUUGAUAAGGCUGAAGAAUUAUAUACGGCACUACUAGAACAAGCGUCUGAUGACAGCGAUAGAGCACAUAUCUAUCAUAUGCUUGGCAUGACGAAAAAUGACAAAGGGCAAUAUACAGAAGCAGCUCCAUUUUACGAAAUGUCUCUCGAAAUUUAUCGAAGAACUCUUCCAGAAGAUGACCCUUCAUUGGGUCCUAUCUACAACAACAUUGCUCUAGUGUAUAACCACAUGGGUGACUACUCGAAAGCACUUGAAUUUUACGAAAAGGAUCUCGAAAUCACGAAAAAAGCUCUGCCUCCGAACCAUCCCGAUUUGGCUAUGUCCUACAACAACAUCGGCUCGGUGUAUCAUGACCUAGGUGAUUACGCAGUAGCUCUUAGGGCUCUUCAAAGUGCUUUUCAAAUUCAACAACAAGCAUUUCAAGAAGGUAAUCCAGCUUUUGCUUCGACAUAUAGUUGGCUCGGAAGAGUUUAUUGCGGUAUGAAAGAUUAUUCAAAAGCACUUGAUAAUUUCGAAAAGUGUCUCGCAAUAGAUCUAAAAACGUUACCUGAAAAACAUCCCUAUCAGGCUAUUACAUACAGUGAUAUUGGUGAUGUUCAUCGAUUAAUGGGUAGUUAUGAAAAGGCACUUGCAUUUCAUCAAAAAGCAUUAAAUAUUCAAGAAAAUGUUCAAUGUAGUCCUCUUCAGGUUGCAACGACAUAUAUAAAUUUAGGUGAAACUUAUCGUGAAAUGAAAGAUUAUUCAACAGCAUUGACAUAUUUCGAAAAAGGAUUAGAAAUACGUGAGAAGAAAUUAUCAAAAAAUCAUCCUGAUUUAGCUGUUGUAUAUCAUAAUAUGGCAAAAUUAUAUUUGGCUACAC